CGAGACUGGUCGUAUUGUGGUAUCUCCGACUCCCGAGCUUUGGUCCAACAUCAAAAUCCACGGUCAUAGUUAUUUUCAUAAUGAUAUACAGACACAUCGCAUCAAGUUGAGCAUCAAGUCGUCUAUCGUCUCGUCAUCCACGACCGAGCAGCUAGACAUGGGGGCGAAAAUGCCUCUUUUUGACCGAUCCGGCGCAUUUUCUUUGUCAAGCUUUGUCCGAUAACCCAGCUACAAAACCAUGGUGUACAUUGGCAAACCCUCAAGGGCUUGCGCCCACUGCAGGAGACGGAAACUUCGCAGGCCUGUGGUCAAUGCGUCCGGGCUGGGUUGAUGUGUUCAGGCUAUCGUGAUCCAAAUCAACUGAUGAUCCGAGACGAAAGCCACGCAACGCGUCAGAGAGCCUCGAGCGGCAGAACAACCUUGAGCGUCUAUACAGUCGAGGUACCGUUGCGCGAUAGGGCCAGAGCCGCCUUUUUCUCUCAUUAUGUCGUGGGCCUAGCUCGGACAUACAGUGUCCUCGAACGCAUCGACCAGCAAUCUCCAUUGAACAAGCAUCUGGCCGUCACCAUUGACGCGGUCAGCCUGGCCUUCUUUCAUUUUCAGAACUUUUCCGAAGAUGCUUCGAAACUUGCUCAGCGGGAGUAUCUGGAGGCGUUACCAUUGGUGAGCAAAGCUUUAGGGUCCUCUGAAGGGGUAGCCAGUGACUCGACACUGCUGGCAGUAUUGCUUCUAGACCUCUUCGAGAAGAUAAUGAACAACAAUCCCAGGUCUACCGAAUCAUGGAUGAGCCAUGUCAAAGGGGCAUUGGCCUUAUUCGACUUCCGCCAGGAGCAGCAACUCGAAGACUAUGUGAGCUUCCGGCUUUCAGUUCGCCUUGUGACGAACAUGGUAAUCAGCUGUGUUGCGGCCGAUGCUCCGGUACCUCCGGGCGUAAUCCGUCUCCGCCGCCUUAUGGAGCCACAUAUGCUGGAGGAUCCUAAAUGGCAGGUCACGGGUUUGUGUGCGCAGUACGCAAACCUCCGCGCAGCAAUGCUGACUGGAAAUCUACCACGGACGGAGGUUCUACGGCGUGCGAAAGCCCUCGACCAUGACUUCAAAUCCCUUGCAGACAAUCUACCACCAGCUUGGGUCUCUGAAAGGGUCUUUCUCCAAAAGCCGUCCGAGCAUGUCUUGGAACGAUACUACGAUGUGUACCCGGAUUACUUCACAGCUCAGACGUGCAAUGUCAUCCGCAUCAUGAGAAUAUCUUUGAACGACACGAUACGGACAACAUACAUGGCAAUGCCUUCGAUGGAUGACAAAGACAGUCUCAACUCCCAUGGUGCUGUCUUUGCCACACAGAUCAUUGAUACGGUGGCUUCCGAGAUUUGUGCUGCUGGGCCACAAUUCACGGGAGCCGAAAGUGCCCAUACCAGAAUUGAUGAAUUUUCCCCUGUCCGGAAGCUGCAUUGUUACACAUUGUUGAUCCCACUGUACGCGGCUGGCAUGUUUGCCAGUGAAAAGACCAACAUUCGACCAUGGGUUCUGAAACAGCUCAGGCUGAUAGCGAGCACUUCUGGGAUCAGGAAUGCCGAAUUGGUUGCCGACAUGUUGGAGAGAAGAGAUGGCACACCUCUCUGGUCGGUCUAUGCUAUUCUCGGCAGCUACGCUUUUGCGGCAUGAGUCAAUCUCAGUCCGUAGGCUUGUUGCCUUGCUGUAUCAUAUUCCAGCUAUCCGGGCUACCAAUAUCGACUUCCAACCUGCAAUGGACUCGCAUUCUCCGCCCCAUGCUAUCUGUCCAUGCGAUCAGCUUGUGAUCCACCCCCGGGUUAGCAGCACUUAUUCAAGUGUGUGAGGA